AUGGACCCUUUGUCAGACAGGGCUCUCGAGGAGAAUUACACCACGAUUCUGGAAACUCUGUGCGGGGACGAGGCGCAUGAUGACUAUUUUUCACUAUGGCUGAUUUCAGGCCCCCUUUCCCUGAUUUUUGCGAUGCUAUCAACUCUUGGGAAUCUCUACAGCUUGAGUAUUCUAUGCAAAUUGAAUAUACGACGAUCCGUUCGUUUCUACCUAUCCGUCCUAGCCGUGGCUAACAUUUGCAUAUCGCAGUGUACGCUGUGGUACUAUGCGCUGGCGGAGACGAUUCGCCCGGUGUUUGGGUCCAUUGCGUUCUUAAUACUCCUCACGGUUUUCGUGCAUCCAGUUUCAUCGUUUUCGUUCGCCCUGUCCAUCUGGAUGCUAUUGACGGUGACGGCGGACCGGUAUUUUGCGUUGUCGAGGCCGUUGCAACAUCGGGCUUCUGAAUCGAGGCAGCGGGCGCAAAGGAUAUCGGCUGGGAUUGCAAUUGCCGCAGCAAUAUUUUCGAUUCCGACGGCCUUCGAGCUGAGGUUGAGCUACGAUUGUGAUCCAUUCCAAGAAGUUUCCAAGCCAAAAAUUCUCCCGACAAACUUAAGAAUCGACGAUAACUACCUAUUAAUCUACCACCUGGUCCUCAACGCAAUGUUCGUCUGUCUCGGACCCCUUUUGCUGUUGACCUAUCUGACCUUCCGAAUGAUAUUCAUCGUCUAUAGCGCAAGAAAGUUGCGCUGUUCCCUGGAAGCCAGGUCCUCUUCAUGCCUAAAAACGGGAAAUGAGAACACAACCCGUAUGUUGUUGACGGUCGUCGUAAAAUUCCUCAUCUGCAAUGCCCCAUCUAUGCUGCUGAAUCUAUGGGAAAAAGUGGGUGGAUAUUUUGGGGCCGUCGGAGCUGGGGAAGCCGUGUCAACUCCGGCAUUCAAGUACUGCGUCGAGUUGAGCAAUUUGUUGGUGGUGAUCAAUAGUGCUUCGGACAGUAUCGUCUAUAUGAGGUGGUGGCGGCAACAGAAGAAAACCGUUACCUACUCCCCCAUCCGGAAAACAUUGUUUUCAAGUACCGAAGCUGGGUAUCUACGUGAUAAAGCAUUGCAUAAGGACUUGGAUGAGAUCUCCCAGCGACUCUGCUCGGCGAUAAUUGCCGAUGAUGAGGAUGUGGAGCGGAUGCUGGAAGCCUAUCGGAUAAAGGGUGUUAUUCAAGAGCUCCUGAAAGCUAUUGGCGCUCCAAAUGCCGAGCGGGAAAUGAUCUUCCGGCUGAAUGAAAUUGGGCGUCUACACAAAGGGGAGCACAUCACCGCCAAAAUGUGGUCACGAUUUAAGGAGAUUUUUAUAAAGGAGCUCUCCACCACCGACGACGAGCCCCUAUGGACACGUUUCAUCUGCCUGCUCAUCAAGGAAUUCCGAAAUGGUCAAAACUGUGCGGUCAGCCUCCGUUCCGAGCGCAGCGCACCAUCGAAGUUGUCGCAAUGCUCAACCUUUGACGCCUCCAUUAUC